GUUCGCUAGAAUGUUAUUGCACAUGGUAGGUAAUGUAGCGAGGCUGCGACGAACGGGCGUUGUUAUGAGUUGAAACAACCGUUUUAGCAGUAUGUAGUUUAUUUUUUAUCCAAGUGAUGUGAUUUUAGAGGUUCACAAUUAAUAAAAUGUUCGUUAAUAGAUUGUGACCUUAGCUGAAUCGACAUGAAGCUCAAUGGACUGAGUUGUUUUGUUAUUGCAAUACUUCUACAAAAUAAUUUUACAAGUGCUUUCUUAAAUCUUUAUCUUAGUUUAUCGGAAGUACAAAGACUUAUAGGCUUAGUAGCAGAACUAUAUUACGUAAGAAACGGAGUUGUGAAUGAUUAUGCUCUUAAUUAUGUGGUUCCGAUUCCGUCCAAAAUAGAUGCGCUAUAUUUUACAUGGGAAAGCUUAUCAAAUCAACAAACACUACCUUAUACGAUAAUAACGGAAUCAUCUAAUCUUCAAGCUUUACCAACUCCAAAACUGAACAUAUCUAGUUCGGGAAAUGUUCCUACCACAGUACAAACGUUCGCCGUUUCGUUGCCUUGCUCAGGGACAGUGUCAGCCGAAGUGGACAUCAAAAUAAUCAUCAACGUAACCAUAUCUCGCGAUAAUGUAACCUCUCUGAAAUUCCAGCGGCAUAAAAUAUGUUUUGAAUACGAAAACGCAAACACCUACGUAUCCAUAGAUUCGAUUCCAGCUUAUUCGAAUUCGGCGAACAUCUUUUACGUGGCCGUUCUGUGCGCUUUGCUGUUGAUAUUAACUCUGGCAAUAUUUGUGGCUUUCUAUUACGUGAGGGAUAAGAAAACUAGAAGGCCUCCGGAGACCAGCAACGGGCCCACUACGACUUUUUUGGCUUCGUUGCCGAGGAAUAGCAUUAACACUUCGUCGUAUGGAAGCUUUAGAAGGAUGCCUAGCUAUUCCUUGAUCGACGAGCGCUCAAAAGACUUGCAGGAAAGAAUCACGGAACUCACCGUGCAAAGAUGUAGAGUAAGAUUGAACAGCGUGAUUAUGGAAGGCACGUUCGGGCGAAUCUACGAAGGAUCGUACACCAACGAAGAUGGACAGGAGGAAUUGGUAGUAGUCAAAACAGUUACGGAUCAUGCAAGUCAAGUACAAAUCUCUUUGCUACUUCAAGAAGGAAUGGCAAUGUAUUCACUCAACAACAAGAAUAUUCUAAGCAUUCUCAGGGUUUCAAUUGAAGACCAUACAGCUCCAUUUUUGUUGUAUCCUCACAACAACAACACUAAUUUAAAAAUUUUCCUGCAAAAAUGUAAAUUAUCUGCCGAAGGCGUGUCGCACACCCUCACCACUCAAGAGGUUGUGGACAUGGCAUUGCAGAUUAUCCAUGCCAUGCAAUAUCUUCAUAAGAAACAUUUGUUGCACAAGGAUUUGGCCACGAGAAACUGCGUGGUCGACGAUCAACUUCAUAUUAAAGUAACCGACAACGCUCUAUCCAGAGAUCUAUUCCCCUCUGAUUACCACUGCCUAGGCGACAACGAAAACAGACCCGUCAAGUGGUUGGCAAUAGAAAGUUUGCUUCACAAAAGCUUUUCGCCGAGUUCGGACGUCUGGUCUUUCGGAGUGGUUCUUUGGGAGUUGACCACUUUGGCUCAACAGCCCUACAUCGAGAUCGACCCCUUCGAGAUGGCGGCCUAUUUGAAAGAUGGCUACCGACUUGCGCAACCCAUCAACUGCCCAGAUGAACUGUUUGCGGUGAUGGCAUACUGUUGGGCGAUGAGCGCUGAAGAGAGGCCUUCGUUUAUGCAGCUUCAUGUGUGUUUGCAGGAGUUCUACGCGCAAUUGACUAGAUAUGUGUGACAUAUAUAGUAGUUAAGUUAAAAUAAAGAAAAUGUUCCUUUAAAGCUUGGGUGCCAAAUUUAUAUUAUAACGAAAAGCGCAGAUUUUGCAAUUUGAGAUGAUCUCGGGUCCGCCAUCUUGGAUUGGAUUUCAAGGUCAUGCAUAAGAAUCUGUCUUAUUAUGCCGGUAUACCUACAACAGAAUAAAAGAUUUUAUUAAAAAAUAUAUAUAUUAGACUAUUUUGUAAAUAUUAUAUUUUAUUUAAUCGUAUUGUAAUGACAUGUGAUCUCUUAAGAUUUUUAUUUAUUUAUUAGCAUGUUUUUUUGCUUUCAAUGUUAAC